AUGGACACUCCUCGUCACAAAUUUGGUCCCUGGACAAGGUCUUCAAUACCACAUACUCCCGAACGUACAUCUUCAACAUCGAGCAAUUGGUCUUUUCGGUCGAUAUCGAGUUCUGCGAGUGAGUCAACGGGCUCAUCAGCUUUUUGGAGAACACCGAGGAGAGAUAAGGUGAGGGAGAAGAGUAAGGUUGGUGGGAAGGAUGAUAGGUUGGGCAGAUGGAGAAUGAAGAUUUGGGAAAGAGCGUCCUGGCGGAAGGGACUGAGAAUGGUGAUGGAGAGGUGGAGUGGAUGGAAAACAUUUGGUGGAUGGAAUGGGUGGGAUAGAUUUAAGAUAAAACUUAAAACGAGGAUGAGGACAUUAGAGAGGAAUCUUAGGUAUUUAUUAUCUGACCUUUCUCUUACUGUUUUGGACAUGAUACGAAUAGCUGGGAAUAUAUGUACUAAUUAAUAAAUGCAAAAGUACCAGAUCACGACGGUUUUUCCGUUUCUUCGCAUUUAUAAUGGCCCUUUGCCUGGUAGCGACAUGUCUUCUUUACUUUCAUCCUUCAUAUCUAUCUUCCCCCUCAUCCUCAUUACCGGAAGUUCAUUCACUAGGUUCAUAUACUCCCAUCCAACCCUACAUACCCGAAGACGCCAACACCAUAAAAAAGAAAUCCAAUAAAAAGAAAAGCGAUCCGGUACAAUGGUUGAAAGAAAACUCCAACAAUCGCUACGCCAUAACCAUCGGCCCAAAAACAUGGAAAUCUCAACUCACUGAAUGGAGUAAUCCCCGUCCCAAAGCUGCGCUUAUUUCUCUCGUUCGUAAUUCAGAAUUAGAAGGUAUGCAACAAUCGAUGCGACAGCUCGAAGCGCGCUGGAAUCAUAAAUAUCUAUAUCCGUGGAUUUUCUUCAAUGAUGAACCGUUUAGUGAGGAGUUUAUGGCUGGUACGAGGAAUUUGACGGGUGCGGAGUGUUUUUAUGAGGUUGUGCCGGAGGAGUUUUGGUCGUUGCCGGACUGGGUUGAUGAGGGGAGGUUUAUGAAUAGUUUGGAUUAUUUGGGGACGAUUGGGGUGGGCAAGGGUUGGAUGGUUAGUUAUCAUCAUAUGUGUAGAUGGAAUAGUGGAUUUUUUUAUCGCAUGGAUAUAUUGAGGGGUUUGGAUUGGUAUUGGAGGGUUGAGCCUGAUGUGAGUUUUUCUUUUUCUGUGGUUUACCUACUUGGACCGUCGAUACGAUUGGGAUAUGGUAUACGAGUUCUUGAACUGGGGAACGAAAAGAAGGAAAGUAGAAUGUGGAAGUUGUGCAAAAACUAACAAAUGAUUCGAUAGGUUCACUUCUUCUGCAAUAUUAACUAUGAUAUCUUUCGCUUCAUGCGAGAUAAUCAACUCAAAUAUGGGUUUAACAUGAAUAUCCUCGACGAUGCCCGUUCCUUUCCAUCCCUCUGGUCUAAAACCCGUGCAUUCGCCACUGCACACCCUGAAUUACUUCAUCCUGAAGCAGAUCUGAACUGGUUACUUGAUGGGGGCGAAUAUAAUAAUUGUCAAUUCUUUAGUAAUUUCGAGAUUGGAUCUUUGAGAUUUUGGAGAGGUGAUGAUGAUCGCCAUGUAGAAAAAGGGAAAAAAGGAAAAAAAGGAGCACAUGAAAAAUACUUCAACUAUCUCGAUCAUACAGGUGGAUUUUAUUACGAGAGAUGGGGCGAUGCACCCGUUCAUACGCUUAGUGUGGCGAUGUUUUUAGCAAAGAAAGAAGUCUGGUAUUUUAGGGAUGUGGGUUAUAGACAUGGGAUUAAUAGUGUUUGUCCCAGGGAGAGAGGGAGUUGUGCGUGUGAGGAGGGGGCUGGAUAG